AUGUCAUUGCAGUCUGCCCACCAUGGCGGCUCGUCGACUUGUGUCAUCGAACUUCAAGACACAGCCCUUGCCAAGCCACCGGCUGUAAAGCGUCAAGGACCUCAAAGCAUCAAGAGCUUGUCGCUGUCCCAAGGUCCUGAUGAGGAUCCAAUCGAGACUUUGCCUUCGCCCACGACCGCCACGGAGAAGCUGCAGAGAUGGAACAACCCCCGGGUCAACAUGUGGCGUACCUUCUCCGCUUUCUGGAGCUUUUUCAUCAUGGGAGCCAAUGACGCUGCAUAUGGAGCCCUGCUUCCAUAUCUCGAGCAAUACUAUGGCCUCUCGUACACGGUCGUGUCUCUCGUCUUUCUGUCGCCGCUGAUCGGCUACUGCGCCUCUGCUCUGCUCAACAACACCAUUCACCUCAAGUUCGGCCAGCGCGGCAUAGCAUUUCUCGGCCCCUUUUGCCACAUCAUUGCCUACGUCGUCAUAUGCGUGCACCCACCCUAUCCUGUUCUGGUCGUCGUCUUCGCGCUCGCUGGCUUCGGCAACGGCCUCGAGGAUGCUGGCUGGAACGCAUGGAUGGGGGCAAUGGCCAACGCCAACGAGAUUCUCGGCUUCCUGCACGGCCUCUACAGCGUCGGUGCCACUGUCAGCCCUCUCAUCGCUACUAGUAUGAUCACAAAGGCGAGCUUACAGUGGUUCGACUUCUACUAUGUCAUGGUCGGCUGCUCUGUCCUCGAACUCGCCUUCUGCCUGGCGACCUUCUGGCAUGCCACGGCCGCCGUCUUCCGCUCGCAAAAUCCAAAGACGUCGUCUUCGCACGAAAACCGCAUGCGCGAAGCCCUCACCCGCCUGCCCGCGGCCCGCGUGACCUGGCUCUGCGCGCUCUUCCUGCUCGUCUACGUGGGCGUCGAGGUCGCGCUCGGCGGCUGGAUCGUGACCUUCAUGCUGCGCGUCCGUGGCGGCGCCGCCUUCGCGUCCGGCAUGACGGCCACCGGCUUCUGGCUCGGCAUGGCCGUCGGCCGCGUCGCCCUCGGCUUCGUCACGCCGCGCAUCGGCGAGAAGCUGGCCAUCGCCAUCUACCUGCCCAUCUGCGCCGCCCUCGAGCUUCUGUUCUGGCUCGUGCCGAGCUUCCUCUUGUCCGCCAUCGCCGUCGCCUUCCAGGGCUUCUUCCUAGGCCCCAUGUUUCCGGGCGCCGUCGUUGCGGCGACCAAGUUGCUCCCGAGGCAUUUGCAUGUCAGUGCCAUUGGAUUUGCCGCCGCCAUUGGUGGUAGCGGAGCCGCCGUCUUUCCGUUCGCCGUCGGCGCCAUUGCGCAGAAGAAAGGCGUGCAGGUGCUGCAGCCCUUUGUGCUUGCAUUGAUAGUUGGGUGUUGGAUAUUUUGGAUGGGGUUGCCAAGGAUGAGUAGGAAGAGGGAGUAG